UUUAUUUUAGGGUAUCAUAUUUUACUAUAGAAUCAAACAUAUUUUACUAUAGAAUCAAACGCGUUAUCAGUGUAUGAUACUAUGAUUCAUCUUUUUUUUUCAUCCUUUGAUCUUCAUGACCUCUGAUUAUUGUUAUGUUUAUCUAUCCAAUGAUUAUAAAUUAAUGCUUGAAAUUUGAAAUUAUUUAGUAUUUACUAAUUAUWUAUACUGAUAAACUUGAAUCAUUAAUUAUUGGAAACUGAUUUUUAAAACUUCUUAUUCAGUUCACGUUCCACACUUGUCACUAGUCAGUACUCAAUAGAACAUCUACAUACAUUACCAUUAUUCAUUUUUUAUUUUCAAUUAUAGACUUGGAUGUACUGGCAGUAAAAUUUUUAUUUUAAAAACCUUUAAAUAUUUCUUCUCAAAAAAAUGUCAAAUUCCAAUUAUGAUCCUCAUAAAAUUUAUGAAAUCGGUUUCAUAGGGUCUGGAAAUAUGGCUCAAGCCAUUGGACUUGCUUUUAUCAAAAAAGGUUUAUGUAAAGCGGAAAACUUAAUUGUAUCAUCGCCUUCAGAAAAUAACAAAAAAGUAUGGAGAGAUAUUGGUGCAGCUGUAACAACUGAUAAUAAUGCUGUGUUUUGUAAUACUAAAAUAGUAUUUUUGGCAACAAAACCCCAAUAUUUCCCUAAGGUGGUAUCAGAAUUAUUUACUACAACUCUUGGUUCCUUACAAAUUUUAAUAUCAAUUAUGGCUGGAAUACCACUUAAUAAAUUACAAGAAGCAUUCAAUGUACAACCUAGUAUUUUAUUUAAAGUUAUGCCAAAUACUCCUAGUAUAAUCGGAGAAGGAUUUUCAGCAAUUUCUUAUCUAAGUGAUGCUAGUUCGGAAGAAAUUGCUGUAACUUUGCCAAAAGUUAAAUUGUUGAUGAGUGCAGUAGGUGGUGUAGAAGUUAUACCAGAAUCAUUAAUGAAUGCAGCUGGAGCUAUUUCUGGUUCUGGUCCUGCUUAUGCAUUUCUUAUAAUUGAAGCAUUGGCAGAUGGUGGUGUAAAACAAGGCAUUCCACGUGACUUAGCUGUACGUUUAGCAGCUAGUGCUAUGGCAGGAGGAAGUCGUAUGGUUUUAGAAACAGGAAAACAUACAGGCCAACUAAAGGAUAUGGUGACAUCAGCAGGAGGAACAACAAUUGCAGCUUUACAUGCUUUAGAAAAAGGAGGAGUUAGAUGUGCCAUGAUGGAUGCAGUUGAAGCAGCUACCAAUAGAUCAAAGGAAAUGGGAGAAAAAAAAUAAUAGUUAAUGUUGCAUUUUAUAACUUUUUACAAUAAAUUAUGUAAUUAUAUUAGUUAAAUAAAGCAUUAGUUUUACUUUAGAUA